AUGGCUAAACUAAGUCGUACCUUUAAUGUCUUGACGAUUUUAACGUUUUUAUAUGAAGUUCAGGGAAAACUGGAAAUUAGGUUUUCGCUACCAGUUGUUGAGUCGAAUAAGGCUGACCAGUACCUGUGUUUUGCAAGAAAGCUCGAUGAAUUUGACGAUAUUAAUGUUGACGGUAUAGAAUUACACGUUGACAAAGAAAACGCACAUCAUGUAUCUUUAUCCGUGUGCAAAGCGCCAUCUUCCGAUCAACAUGUAUGGGACUGUGCGGCAGCCCAAGGAAAGGUUUGUCAGGGAAACGCGGUAAAUCUCGGGGGAUGGGAAGCUCGAAAUAAACACAGCGGGAAAUACAACCUCCCUAAAGGUCUGUCUGUUCGUGUUGGAAAGUACACUCCGAUGCAGUAUAUUGUGACACAGGUUCAUUUUAAACAUUCCAUACGAAAUGCCACAAGCGCUAUUGCAAAUAUCACUGUUCAAUUAAAUACUGAUAGAUCAACGCUUAAUUACCAAACUUACUCCUUCAUCAAUGAAGGUUAUAUUCCAAAACUGAAAAAGAAAGGUUUCUUUGCCGAAUCUGCUUGUCAAUGGUCGAAGCCUCCUGUUCUACUCUACACAUUUACAACACAUACACACGGACAUGGGGUCUUAGUAGAGGGGUUUCUCGUGAGAAAUGGUACCUGGACCGUCUUAGGGAGUCAGCUCAAAAACGGGGAGGAAAAGCAUUUCCAAAAUGUUCCUGGUGGCCCAGUUUCAAUACAGCCUGGUGAUAUUCUGGCAGCCCGAUGUUUGUACAUAAAUAAUAAACCCCGUCCUAUCAAAUUUGGAAUGGCCGAUGAAGAUGAAAUGUGCAAUUUUUCUUUGACGUUUGGAUAUGAAGACAGAUAUACAGACGAUUUCAUACGUCCGAUCGGCUGUUUAUCAGAGUCUCCCAGGUUUCGGUUCUGUAACAGUUCCCGGAUGAACAGUUUCUGUUAAAAUAAAUAUGUUAAAGCAGAUUGUUAACUUUCAUUUUUGACAUAUCUCUAUUUCAAUGAAAGAGAAAAAUACGGUAUAACAUGUUAACAACAUAGAAUCAUUUUUCAUAUUACAUGCUUUGUGUC